UUAUACGACAUUCGCGUCAAGCGGUUGACCCGGGUCCACAAUAACAAACCGAGUCCAAACUAAAACCCGAACCAAAAGAACAAAAACAUCGCCUUCGUGUCGUGAAGUUUCGUGUCGUGUCGUGCCGCGGAAACCUUUGCAUUUGGCGGCUCGGGUCUUUAAUUGUGUCACUAAUGAGCCGCAUUUAUGUUAAUCUUGGCACCCGGGCAGCAGCAGCAGCAGCAGCAGCAGCAGCAUAAGCGGUUGUCGUCUAAGCUUUCAGGCGAUCGUAUGUUGGAUGCCGACGGAUGCUUCCUGCACAGCGAACGCAUCUUUAUCGCGCUGUGAAUUAACAUACAACAUUCAAACACUCGCAAGACUCACAAUGGGAUUCACAGACUCGGCAUUCAGCUGAGUAUUUCUUCUCUUCUUGCUUUUUUUUUUUUUUUUGGUAGUUUUCACCUGCUGUGCCGUUUAUGGUUAUUGCCGCAAUUUCGUUGUGACAGUCGGAGGCGCUUUAUCAUAAAUUAAAAAGUCGUGUAGUCGGACAGCCGGACAGUCGGACAGCAGAUCGGCGGACCCGUGUGGAAGGCAGUCGUGUGGCUGCUUCUUUGCGUGAUUCGCGGUCAGUGUGGUGCGUGUGGUGCGGCGAUUUAGUGGCUGAUGAAUGAUGCUGUUGAAGUCGGAGUCAAGCUGACGUUGAGGCUGAGUUAUUUGCAUGAAUGAAACGCAACCAGUGAUGAACGAGCUGGCAUGUCUUAACAGUGUUAGCCCCGAGCUCGAUUCCAUCUUCGCGCUCGCUAGCGAUGACUUAAUUUAAAACUACUGCCAGAAGGUGUUAAUUAGCAUAUGAACCAAUACACAUAAAGUAUUUCGGCAACACAUUUCUUAUUUGGACUCUGUCGCGAUCUCCAUUCACAUCUCAGUCGGGUUUCUAUUUAAUGCUAUCGUCUGCGCGUUUGGCUCAUUAAUAAUCAAAAUAAGCUGCAGUAUCAAAUGGCAGCGAUUUGUCACUAAAUAUCUGUGCAUAUAAACAAAAAUAAUAAUAAAAAAAACGCGUCCAGGCUCAUAACUCCACAAUCUUAACAAAACAAGAGAAACAACAAUAAUAACAAAAUGCAUGCUGUAAUUGUGCAAAGCUCGACAAAUUUCCUAUGGGCAGUUGUGAAGUUUCGAAUGCGCACAUUUAGUGUGAAGAGAAUAUGAUGAUACUCGUCGAACUGUUCGCAUUUGUGUUUGCCUUAGUGUUUGUGUGUUGUGAGUGCCUUGCGUUUUCUCUUACGACGUAGUCAUGUGGAAAAUACACAAUAAACUCUUAAUAUAUUUACUCUGGAUUAUGGAAAUAAGAUUAGUAUCCAGCUUUACGUCCGCCAUGCUCUGUGGCCGAAUCCCAGGUCUAACGCAGGCGCAGCGGCAACUCUGCAGCGAGAUGCCCGAUGCAUUGAUCGCUUUGGGUGAGGGUCAACAACUGGGUGCACACGAGUGUCAGCAUCAGUUUCGGGGGCAUCGCUGGAACUGCUCCGAGGUGUGGCAACGCAAUGUAUUUGCCCAUGUCAUACCCAUAGCUUCUAGGGAGGCCGCUUACACCUAUGCAAUAGCCAGUGCUGGAGCUGCCUAUGCGGUGACCGCUGCCUGUGCACGUGGCAACAUCUCGAUGUGCGGCUGCGAUGUGCGACACAAGACUUCGCCGCCGGAGCCCUGGAAGUGGGGCGGCUGCUCGGCGGAUGUGGAGUUCGGCAUGCGAUAUACGAGAAAGUUCAUGGAUGCGCGGGAGCUGGAGCGGGACUCGCGUACGCUCAUGAAUCUGCACAAUAAUCGCGUGGGGCGAACGUUGGUGAAGAAGCUGCUCCGCACGGACUGCAAAUGUCACGGGGUGAGCGGUUCGUGUGUGAUGAAGACGUGCUGGAAGAGCCUGCCACCAUUUCGGCUGGUCGGUGAAAAGCUGAUGCAGAAAUAUCACAAAGCCAAAACUGUUCAAGCCGUUAGAGGCAAACGUGGACUGAGAUUAGUAUUAAGCAGAAAGAAGCAUAUUAUGGCUGCUGCGCAGAAACCGGCGCUGGUGUGGCCCAAGCGGCUGGAGCUGGUCUUUCUGGAGGCAUCGCCCAACUAUUGUGAGCGCAGUAUUCAGACAGGAACUUUGGGCACCGGGGGUCGUCCCUGCAGUCGCAGCGGCCACGGCCCCCAGAGCUGUGAUCUGCUGUGCUGUGGACGUGGACACAACACACAGCACAUAAGACGCAGUCGGCAGUGCCGCUGCCAAUUCCACUGGUGCUGCCAGGUGGAGUGCGAGAUGUGUGACGAGAGCUACGAGGAGUUUACCUGUAAAUAGCUGGAUCACAGCCCGACCAUGCUAUGAAUGUUGCUAGUAUUACUUAAUUUAGCUCCUAGUUAUCCUAGUAUUUGGCGAAAUUUAAUGUAUUACAUACACACACUCACACAAGUUGUAUAAGAAAACACAA